CACCCGUUUCUCACCCGUUUCCCUUCCGAGCCGCUGCCCAUCCCAUCGGCCCGUCGCUUCGCUGGUGGAAAGAAGAAUCCAACUCAUUCCAAUUUCCCAACCACUCUCGCUCAUCCAGCUCCUCCCCUGCCCUGACCAUCCAAAGCAACCAUGCGAUUUGGCGAGCGUCUCGAAGACGAGAUCUAUCCCGACUGGAAGUUCUACUCCAUCGAAUACAACUUCCUCAAAUCCGAGCUUGAGGGCCGCGCCUCCGUUUCGCCCUUCACCGACGAUGAUGAGAUGCACUUUGUUUCGCUCCUCGACGAUGAGCUCGAGAAGAUCCAAUCCUUCAUCAACCUCAAGCGUGCCGAAAUCAUCCGUCGCAUCCAGGCCGCCGAGACGGCCACCCAGUCGAUCGUCUCGCAGCCCCGGUCCGAGGACGAUCCCGCCGAGGUCAAGAUCCUGAAGCGCCGCCUGGAAAACAUCAGCGAAGAAGUCACUCGCCUGACAUCGGACCUCAAGGAGCUCUCGUAUUUCAUCCGCCUCAACUACACAGGAUUCAUGAAGAUCCUCAAGAAGCACGACAAACUCACUGGAUACAAACUGACUCCCGAGUACAUCGUCCGCGUGCGCCGCUCAAACUUCAACGUCGACAAAAACAACGAAGAGUACAGCGACUUUGUCAUCCGUCUCUCGACUCUGUUCGACACCGUGCGCUCCCUCUCGGGUGAGCCCUCCUCCAAGGACAAGAGUCCCGGCAUCGAUGCCGGCAACAUCGUUCGAAAGACCACCAAGUACUGGGUUCACAAAGACAACGUCAUGGCCGUCAAGUGCCUCGUCCUGCAGCAUCUGCCUGUCCUGGUCUUCAAGAAGGGCGAGCCCAGCGAUCCGGCUCUCUCGUCCAUCUAUUUCGACAACGACGAGCUCUUCCUGUACAACAGCCGCAUGAUCCGCGACGAAAAGGCCCAGAACCUCCGAUUCCGAUGGUACGGCCAGCGCGACAAGACCGACGAGGUCUGGGUCGAGCGCAAGACCCACCACGAGGACUGGACCGGCGAGCGCUCCGUCAAGGAGCGAUUCUCCAUGAAGGAAAAGGACCUGAAUGCCUAUCUCCGCGGCGAGUACGACAUUCGCGAGCUCACCACCAAGCUCAGAGCCGAGGGCAAGAUGUCGAUCAAGAACAUUGAAAAGAUGGAGCGCCUCGCCGACGAGGUUCAGGAACUGGUCCUGCGCAAGCGCCUGCACCCCAUGAUCCGCACCACCUACAACCGCACUGCCUUCCAGCUGCCGGCCGACGCCCGUGUCCGCAUUUCCCUCGAUACCGAGCUCACUUUGAUCCGCGAAGACAACUACGGCCGCAAGCGGGCCGGCGACAACUGGAGACGCAUGGACGCCGCCAACGACUGGCCCUUCCCCAACGUCCCGGACGAGGACAAGAUCCUGUUUCCCUAUGCUGUCCUGGAAAUCAAGCUCCAGACCCAGCACGGCCAGGAGGCUCCCCAGUGGGCCAUGGAGCUCGCCAACUCGCAUCUUGUCGAGAAGGUGCCAAAGUUCUCAAAGUUCCACCACGCCAUCUCCAACUUUUACACCGACCGCGUCGACGUUGUUCCUUUCUGGUUCUACCAGAUGGACAAGGAUAUCCUGAAGCCCCGCCCAGCUGUCGGCGAGCCCGAGAUCGAGGACAUUUCGUCGCAGCUCAAGCUGCCAUCCAACAUUCCUGGAGUCAAAAUCGAUCAGCUCGGCAAGGUCUACUUUUCGAACGAGCGCACGUUCCUCCGCUGGCUCAGCCUGGGCAUCAAGAUGCUGUCGCUCUCGCUCCUGCUGAUGAACUUCACCACCAGUCCCUUCCCCGUCUACACCGGCCUUGCCUUUGCCGUCAUUGCCAUGGGCAUCAUCCUCGUCAAUCUGGUCAUCUUCCACAUCCGAGCGAUCAAGCUGCGCCAAGGCCGCGGCGACGGUCCCUUCAUCAUCAAGGCCGAGCCUGUCAUCAUUUGCCUCGUUGUCGUCGCCGCCCUGGUUGCAAAUGUGCUGCUGAGUUUCAGGAUGAAGACGCACGGCCCGGUCGAUCUGACUGCCCUGAUCGCUCCCCGAGCCCUCGUCGCCGCUGACUUUUGUGUCUGCUUCGCCAGACCGGAUGACUUGCUGCAGGCUUUCCAGACCUAUGGCAAAGUCAAAGAUGUCUACAUUCCAAAGGACUACUACAAUGGCAAGCCGAGAGGAUUCGCAUACAUUCAGCAUCGGCGCCAAAAUGGCUGCAGUGUCUGCCUCGCCAGAUCCUUUUUUUUAUACGUCAACGAUGAUGAUGCACAAACGGCUUAUGACAAGAUCGAGUACAUCACCAUUAACGGACGAAACCUGCCUGUCGAGUGGGCUCAGGGUUGUCGAAAAUCUACAGUCGAGAUGAAAAAGAGCGCCAAGCGAACAUCCUCGCCUGAUCGAUACUACCGACCCAACAAAAGGUUCGCAAACCCGGUCCUCCAGCAGCCAUUCCCGCUCCCGCAGCCGGUCUCGUUCUCGCAGCCGCACUCGCCGUCGCGAUCGCUCGAGAUCAAACGAUCGGUCUCGUCGGCAACGAUCCCGAUCGAGAGGGGACCGUCGAUCCAGGUCCCGCACUCGCUCUUCAUCUCGGUCGCCCCGCCGUCGUUCAGCCUCCCGCUCCCCAUCGUCACAGAGUCGCUCGCCCAGCCCGGACAAGAGGCGAGGCCGCAAUGCCCGAGCCCGAACCCAGUCCAAAUCUCCGUCCCGGUCGCGGUCUCGGUCUCGGUCGCGGUCUCAGUCAAGCUCGGCUCCGAAGGGUCCAAAGUCCCAACCGCUCGUCCAGGCCAACAAAACCCAAUCUCCAACUCGAUCGCGAUCUCGAUCCCGCUCCCAAUCUCGAUCGCGCUCUCCUUCCGUUGCAAACUCGGCCUCGCGAUCGGUUGUGCGGACGCCAUCACCCAAAUCGCCGCAUGA